AUGAGUGAAACGAAAAGUUCGCAACUGACCACAUGUUUAGAAGAUCUUAGCACGGAAUUGUUAAUGUCGAUAUUUGAUUAUUUAACAUCGAUCGAGAUCCUAGUAGCGUUUUGUAACUUAAAUCAACGUUUUUCUUUGAUCAUUUAUUAUUAUCUUCAACCAGGUUGUCGUUUAACUCAACUCGAUCUCAAUCACACGGGCUAUUCAACUUAUAAACUUUUUUUAAAAGAUAUCUUACCAAAAUUUAAAUCAACUAUCACAUCAUUCAAAGUCGGAAGCGAUUAUCACUAUGGACAAGUCGAUAUUUUGAAUCAAUUUCAAUUACUACGUCUCGAUUCGUUGACGGUGCAUUUGAUUGAUUCGAAGACUAUCGUUGAUAUCCUACAGAUGUUUCUCGCUUAUAAUCGUUUACAAUGGUUCGACAGAAUCAACUUAAUAAUCGACGAACACAUAAGAGGAUGGGACGAAGAAAUGCCCUUCUGUGUACAGAAUAUUCCCGUUCAAAAGCUACAAAUCACAGGUAAAGCUCCAUACGUCUUUGCUCAACAUCUAAUGAGUGGUUGUUAUUCGAUAACUCAUCUAACAAUUCAUUUAAAAUUCGAUCAUGAUCUUCUUCCACUUCUUUACUAUUUACCAAAUCUCAUCGAAUGCAAUGUUCAAGUUGAUGAUCGUGGUCGAGAUAUAUCCAAUGAUUUAUCAUUGCUCGAGCCACUCUCAUGUUUAAAACAAUUCAAAUACGAUGGACUUAUGCCGUCGAUUCAUUUACGACGUUUAGUUUUAGAAAUUAAUCAGCAUAUUCAACAUUUAUUGAUCUAUACUCAGGAUUACCAAUGGCCAUUCUAUGCAUCAGAUACAUUCUCAUCAGAAUUUUUCGGUUGUCUUCGCGAUCUGCAAACAUUUCAUUUUUAUAUUCGUCUAAUCACUUCGGAUAGUUUUGGUAAUCCAACAACAUAUUUUGAUAAAACAAAGUUUUUAAUAGAGAGAAAUUUUUGUCAAAAUAUCGCAUGUGUAUUAUCCAAAGAUAUCGGACAAAUCUUUUCUCUACCAUUCGCAUUCGAUCAUUUUGAAAUCUUUGAAAAGACAUUUUUUGACGAAAUUCAAUAUGCAGAUCACGAACAUUCUCGUUUCAACUAUUGGCAUCGUGUACAUCAUUUGACAUUACAUGUGAAUAUUUACAAUCCCAUCUUUUUAAAAUCAAUCCAAGAAACCUUCGUGAAACUACGUUCAAUCGAUUAUCAAGUUCCACAUUUCAGUCUAACACCAGAAGACGAUGAACUACAUGAAUAUCAUAUCCGACUAAAUUCAGUCAAGAAGUUAAUUAUUCGUGAUAGUGUUAAACAUGGUUGUCACGUGCCUCAACCGCUUUUUCUUUUGACUUUGAACCUUCGCGAACUUGAUAUAGAUCAUUUCUAUUUAAUGCAAAUCCUUUCAAUGGUUAGCCAACAGACUCACCAUCGGAUUUUAGCAACAUUUGCUCAACUUCAACGUGUAACCGUUCGUCAGUUUGAUGAACGUCUUCUGGAAUCUUUUUUCUCAUACUUUUGUCAGAUAAAGAUAUUUGCAUUGAUUUUCACGACAUAUAAAAUGCAAAUCUAUCGAACGAAACUGCCAUUCCUCGAUGAUCUUCUUCGGUCAAUGCCGAAAUUAGUUAGUCUCAAAUUGGAACACGUAAAAAAACCUCAUGAAUACUAUGCAGGCAUUGAAUUGCAAGAAAACGUUCAAGACACCAUCGCGAAAUAUUAUCCGAAAGGUACUUAUUGGUGCAAAUGGUACGAUGAUCAUCGACAAAAAUACCAUAGAUGCGCAACAUUUCUUUUUUCUACAUGA